UUGACGUCGCCAGUCGAUUCAGUGUGUUUUUGUUUUUGUUGUGGGAAAGUGAGAUUACCGUACGGGUAAAAACAUUUUUUUCCAUGAAGGAGGGGGAAACUCCAGCUGAAAUCGGACAAUUGGAGCUGGGCCACAACCUGCCAAAAAUAUCCUCUUUUUUCAGGAAUACUCUGGGACAAGCACACAGAAUCCCCCCCCCCCCUUCCUUGCAUUGUGGAAUCGGACAUUGUUGAGCCAAUCGAAGCAGACUUCAUGGGAGUAGCAUCCAGCUCUAACGACGAUGUCAUCACCUGCAGCAUGCUGUGAAAAGACAGACGGUUGCAGUACUUGACAUGAUACUGGUUCGCAGUCGUCAGGAUAAGAACCAAAAUCUCAAGACAUGCUUGUGAGUCUCGGAGCAACAUGGAUGAUCAGCCAACACUAUCAACUGAGCAUCAACAAAACAUGAAAGCAGAAGUCAAGCCAUGUGAUUGUUCUGCCUGCGAGAAAUUCUUCUCAUCGAAAUUCUAUUUCAACUGUGACCAGGGUGCUAACGCCGAUGUAAAACGUUUUGUUUGUGAGACCUGUGGCGAAACGUUUUCUCAUCACUACUCUCUGAAAGUUCAUGUAACCGUACACACUGGAAACAAAACAUUUGCUUGCGAGAUCUGUGGGAAAGCUUACUUGAAGCAAGGUCAACUGUUGGUACAUCAGAGGGUCCACACUGGUGAGAAGCCAUUUCCUUGCGAGACCUGCGGGAAAGCCUUUUCUCACCAAGGCACUCUGAAAGACCAUAAAAAGUCCCACACUGAGAACAGGCCAUUUGCUUGCGAGACCUGUGGCAAAGCCUUUCCUCAGCAUCAAUAUCUGCGCAUACACGAAAGGGUGCAUACUGGAGAGAAACCAUUCAUUUGUGCGACCUGUGGUAAAGGUUUUUCUCAGCGAUGUUCGCUACUUGUGCAUGACAGGGUGCAUACGGGUGAGAAACCAUUCGUUUGCGAGACCUGUGGUAGAGCUUUUGCUCACCAGCAUAAUCUGAUCACGCAUACGAGGGUCCACACUGGUGAGAAACCAUUUGCGUGCGGGAUCUGUGGUAAAGCCUUUGCUGAGCGAAGUGGUCUACUCAAACAUGUCAGGCUGCACACUGGUGAGAAACCGUUUGCUUGCGACACCUGCGGUAAAACGUUUGUCCAACAAAGUGGUUUGAACAGUCACAAAAGGAUUCACUCUUCCGUGAAACCGCAUGUGUGUGAUUUGUGUGGCAGAGCAUUCAGACGCAAAAGUGGUCUGUGCAACCACCAGAAAUACCACACCACAGAUGAGAAUUGAUUUCCAGGGCCCAAAUUCAUAGUGCUGCUUAACAGCCGACUUUGUGCUUACCAAGCCAUCUAUUUCGACCGUUAAGCAGUAAGCACAGCAAAAGCACGCUUGACUCCAGAAGAAAACUUUGCUUAAAUCAGUGACGUAACAAUAAAAAUCUCCAUGCACGCGCAGCCGUUAGCACAUUCACGGCAUGUAAUAGUGCUUAAGCAGCAGCAUGAUUUUCUGCUAUAUUAAGCACAACUAUUCUGCUAACUGUUAAGCGGUGCUAU